UAGUGGUGACGAAGGCGGAACUAAACGACAACCAAACUUUGCUUCCCACUCGUUGAUUUUCGCAUUUGUAAUGUUACUCAAGUCACUCGUAGGGAGUGCCUGCACUCUACUAGGAGUUUCCACAGCCUUAAAACUCGCGCCUGUGGAAGUCAAGGCCCAAGCAGCGGCUCUCCUGCACAGCACCGUGAGGAAAACAUCAGUGGUGGACCAAGCCAACAUGAGGGUUGAACUCUUGCCUGCUCUCAGUGAUAACUACAUGUACUUGCUCAUCGACACGGACACCAAAGAAGCAGCAAUAGUGGACCCGGUGGAACCUGUCAAGGUUGUGGAGGCAGUCAGAAAACAUGGCGUCAGGCUCACAACAGUUCUGACCACUCAUCACCACUGGGAUCACGCUGGUGGGAAUGAGAAGAUGGUAAAGCUCAUGCCCGGCCUGAAAGUAUACGGAGGAGACGACCGCGUCGAUGCCAUAACGAAGAAAGUCUCGCACGGCAACAAUUUAAAAGUUGGCUCGCUUAACGUCAAAUGUCUGUUCACGCCGUGCCACACAACUGGCCACAUCUGCUACUACGUCACCAAAGAUGACAGCUCUGAGCCUCCAGCAGCUUUCACAGGGGACACAUUAUUUGUUGCCGGCUGUGGGAAAUUCUUUGAGGGCACCGCCGAGCAGAUGUACAAAGCCUUGAUUGAAAUUCUGGGACGCCUGCCUGCUGAAACGCGAGUCUACUGUGGUCAUGAGUACACUGUCAGCAACCUGAAAUUUGCACGCCACGUUGAGCCAGACAAUGAAGUCAUUCAAAAGAAGCUAGCAUGGGCAAAGGAGCAAUGCAGCAAUGGCGAGCCGACAAUCCCAUCCACUUUGGCGGAUGAAUUUACCUUUAACCCAUUUAUGAGAGUCAAAGAGAAGUCCGUACAAGAUCACGUGAAGCAGACCGAUCCAAUCGAAGCCAUGAGGUUUCUCCGUAAAGAGAAGGACGCCUUCCGAGUGCCUAAGGAGUGAUGAUGCACGGUGGACUUAAAACCGCUGAUGGCACUGCAAUAUGAUUAUCCGUACUCCACGAACUGUCUGCAUGAAACAACAGGAUCGACUUCAUCUUCUUCCUCAGUGCUCAUACUUUAUGUUAAUUAUUUUGAGGCCCAAUUUAGCUCUGAAAUGAGCAGUCAAGUUGUGUUUGGCAUCUGCCUGGGAUUGUUUUCACUAAUAUGAGGUAUUGAACGACUACUUUCAUUAAAUAAGAACAAAUAGUUUUUGAGUAUUUUUAGGUGUGUUUUGUAAAAAGUUUCAAAAACACAUUAAGCUGUUCGAAGUUAUGCUUUAUUUCCAAGAUGGGAUUUUUCUGCUUAACAACCAAUCGUUAAUAAUGGGAAGUUGUUCAUCUGGUUACGCAUUCUCUGAACAAUGCGUUCUUUACUCAUUGUGUCAACAUGAAAGGUUAGAUGUGGUUGAGUACAAAAGUUUGCAUGCAAAAAUACAAGUACAUACAGUAUAUUUUUCAUUAUUUCCUUAAGCAACAAGACCAAACCAGAAUGCAAAUAGUAAUAGGGGGGCGUGAUUUGAAUUGUACACUUUAAGGCCGUUUGUUUAUCAUCAUGCAGUUGAAUAUGUACAGCAAAUCUUUAUCUGAAAAGCUAAUUUAUAUGUACGUGUUAAUUUAGCGGAAUGUUGAUGAAUGUUUCUGGCUCGAUUAAAAUGUCUUGAUACUG